UUUUCUUCUUCAGGUGUUUCAGUGAACUCAGAUGUUUCUCUGCAGAAGAGAAUCAUUGGAGGUCAUGACUGUGAUGACACGGAGCGUCUUUAUCAUGUUCGGAUUGUGGGCAUAAACGGUAACAAUAACAUCUUGUGUGGAGGAACUCUGAUCCACCCUAAGUGGAUUCUGACUGCAGCUCACUGCUGGAAGUCGGAGCCAGGCUGGAUAUUCACAGCAGUGUUAAAAGUUCAUCCACCGACUGCUAACCAGCAGAAUUUGUUAAUCCAUAACAAUCCUGUGAUUUACGCUGACCACGGCCGGGACCAUGACGUCAUGUUGAUGAAGCUUCCAACACCAGUAACAGAUGUCCCACUUGCUCAGCUACCAAAUUGCAACAAUCGUCUUAAAAUAGACGAUACUGUUCAGCUGGGCGGAGAGGGACCAACGAGAACCGGGCCCAAUAAUCGCCGAUUAACCAAUAGUCCUAUGCCACCGCGUCUUCAGUGUGUCGACAUGAAAGUUGUUGCUGUUUCCCAGUUCAGUCAGAAACGUGGGCACAUAUUCAGUACUGCAGCACCGAACAAGGAUACAUGUCGUGGUGACUCUGGUGCAGCAGUGGUGUUCAACGACAUGAUUUAUGGUGUGAAUGCUGGCUGUGGAAAAUUUGCAUUGCAGAAGCCAGGUGGAAUCAUGGAUGUGUGUGAAUACAUGGAUUGGAUAAAACAAACUAUCAUGAAAUAA